UCAUCGCAGCAUCAUGAAGCUCGCCGUAAUUCUUCUGUGUGUGGCCCUGAUGGGCGGAGCUAACGCCAGUUUCGGGGACUUCCUCCACUCGAUUGGCAACGCUCUUAAACCAAUUGUAGGCAUCCUUGACACCACCGUCGCUUCCGUUUUGAAGAACGCCGUCAACACUGGCAAGAACCUGCUGGGACAGACGUUACAAGCUCUUCUACUGAACGUAGGAAGUGCGGUCCAGAAGCAGAGAGAUCUCAGCGCCCUCUUCCACAUGAUCCCGGCUGUUGAGUCCACCGUGCAUGGUAUCCUGGACCGUGGUCACUCACUCUUCUCUAGCAUCUUGAACAAGCUGACCACUGGCCUGACAAACGUCAUCGACAAGGUCAGCCACUUCGACAUCUCACCGGAAGCAGUAGUGGAGAAGAUCGACCAGCUUGUUGGGUCCCACAACCUUCUUGUCGAUGGAAUCCUUGGGCACGUAGUGAGUUCCAUCGAGGGAGCGCUGUCCUCGCACAAGAGAAACGCCUUCACCGACAUACUCGGCGGCUUCGCUACCUCCAUCAAGAACUUCUUCCAGCCUCACAUUGAUGCCAUCAAGAACCUUGCCACCACCGCUGGAUCCCUGAUCAAGAACGCCGCUACGGGCAUCCUAGCCGCCGGAAAGGAAUCCUUCACGCAGCUGGCCGGCAAACUGUCCGAACAUCUCAACACCCUGAAGGGGGUCGGCAGCCAGCUCCUACAGCACGGAGUCAACGCCCUGUCCGCUCUUAAGGCCGCCUCCACCGACAUUCUGCAACAAACUGUUGCCAACAUGAAGGAGCCGAUCCAGACGGCCAAGGAAACCCUGGCAAGUGCUGGCGGCACCAUCUUGCAACACGUCGCCCAGGCCGUCUCCGGCAAAUAGACAGCGAACCACGCGUGUAGUGUAGAUAUAAUAUGUACCAAUAAAUCACUCAGAAAAUAA